AUGUUGGAGAUUUAUUACGAGCAAAUGAGCUAUGAAGUUCUCCGCGAAUCCGAGUCUUAUUCCAUAGUUAAUCUCGUGUCGGAUAUCGGAGGCCAAAUGGGGUUGUGGCUUGGUGCCUCUGUACUGACGGCUAUCGAAAUCGUAAUUUUCUUGUUCAAUAUUGUAGUGAUUGCAAUCAGCGGUCGACUUCGGUCUAGCGAUUCUUUCAACCAAGGACGAGAAAGAGCAGCCAACGAAAAGUCCCAUGGAGCACCAAACCUCUCCAGAAAUGAAAACUUACGAUAA